AGCCAUUGAACCUGUGCUGAAUGUUUGGAGGAACCUUCACUUGGUGUUUACAUCGAAGCCGCCACAGGCUUGUCUGUUCUUGGACAUCGGAUUCUUUUAUAGUACCCACUUCCCCUGCAAGGCUUCUCCAUCCCAUUCUCUUUUCAUUCAAUUUUCAUUUCUAGCAAAUAUCUUUGAAGUUCUUGCAACUUGUAAAUGGCUUUGGAAACUAAAAUUUCAGCAAGGACAGAACUCAAACAACGCUACUAUGUCUACUCAGUCCCACACAAUGCCUCUUCUCACACCAUACAAGAUGGGGAUGCUCGAUCUUUCUCACAGGAUUGUUCUAGCACCAUUAACCAGGCAGAGAUCAUACAACAAUGUUCCUCAGCCUCAUGCCAUCUUGUAUUACUCUCAGAGAACUACCAAAGGGGGUCUUCUUAUAGCUGAAGCAACGGGAGUUUCUGACACUGCUCAAGGGUAUCCCGAUACUCCUGGUAUUUGGACCAAAGAACAAGUUGAAGCAUGGAAACCCAUUGUAGAUGCUGUUCAUGCCAAAGGCGGUAUAUUCUUCUGUCAAAUUUGGCAUGUUGGAAGAGUUUCAAAUACAGGUUUUCAGCCAAAUGGGCAAGCUCCAGUCUCGAGUUCGGACAAGCCUUUGACCCCUCAACCUCGAGCCAAUGGCAUUGAUGUUGCACGGUUCACACCUCCAAGGCGACUAAGAACAGAUGAAAUUCCACAAGUCGUGAAUGAUUUUAGAGUCGCUGCGAGGAAUGCAAUUCAAGCUGGGUUUGAUGGAGUUGAGAUCCAUGGUGCUCAUGGUUACCUAAUUGAUCAGUUUAUGAAAGAUCAGGUGAAUGAUCGCACAGAUCAAUAUGGUGGUUCUCUGGAGAACCGCUGCCGAUUUGCUCUGGAAAUAGUUGAAGCUGUAGCCAAUGAGAUAGGAGCAGAUAAAGUUGGUAUUAGAUUAUCUCCAUUUGCAAACUAUAUGGAAUCUGGAGACUCAAAUCCUCAUGCUUUGGGACUCUACAUGGCUGAUUCCUUGAAUAAAUAUGGAAUUCUUUACUGCCACAUGGUUGAGCCAAGAAUGAAAAUAGUAGGAGAAAAAUCUGAAUGUUCAGAGAGUCUUCUGCCUAUGAGAAAGGCUUUCAAAGGAACUUUUCUUGUUGCAGGAGGUUAUGACAGGGAAGAUGGAAAUCAAGCUAUAGCUGAAAAUCGGGCAGAUCUUGUUGUUUAUGGUCGUAUUUUCCUAGCAAAUCCUGAUUUACCAAGGAGAUUUGAGCUAAAUGCUCCUCUCAACAAGUACAACAGAGAAACAUUCUAUACUUCUGAUCCUGUAAUUGGUUAUACUGAUUACCCAUUUCUUGAAGAGUGAAUUAAUCAAGUUUCUUGCAGGAGCAGUGCUACUUAUAUUUGUUCAAUCCUUCUCUUCCAUCAAGAGAUUCUUCUUUUUGAUGGAUGAUGGAAGGAUGUGUUUGGGAAAAUAAAUUCCUCUUUCAUGUAGAAAAUAUUUGUGUUGUAAUAACUGUUUUUUGAAAUAAUGGUCAUUUAGAUGAUUAAUGUAUCAAAAUUAUUUUAAA